UGAUAAGAGGUCUAUAAAAGCUGUGUGUUUCCAAAGAUUCGUCCUAUUUGGCAGCUGCUGCCUCAUCUACCGCUUCUGAUCUCUAAGAAGAAUCUUCUCUCCCCAAAUACCUGUCACCAUGGCCCACCAAUUUCCAGCCCUCACCGCAGAACAAAAGAAGGAGCUCUCAGAUAUUGCCCGGCGCAUCGUUGCCAAUGGGAAGGGGAUCCUGGCUGCCGAUGAGUCUGUAGGCACAAUGGGAAACCGCCUGCAGAGGAUCAAGGUGGAGAACACCGAGGAGAACCGCCGGCAGUUCCGAGAAAUCCUCUUCAGCGUGGACAGCUCCAUCAGCCAGAGCAUCGGGGGCGUGAUCCUGUUCCAUGAGACCCUCUACCAGAAGGACAGCCACGGGAAGCUGUUCAGAGACAUCCUUAAGGAAAAGGGGAUCGUGGUGGGAAUCAAGUUAGACAAAGGAGGUGCUCCCCUUGCGGGAACAAACAAAGAAACCGUCAUUCAAGGGCUUGAUGGCCUUUCUGAGCAAUGUGCUCAGUAUAAGAAAGAUGGUGUUGAUUUUGGAAAAUGGCGUGCUGUGCUGAGGAUCGACAGCCAUUGUCCAUCCACCCUUGCUAUCCAGGAAAACGCCAACGCCCUGGCCCGCUAUGCCAGCAUCUGUCAGCAGAAUGGACUGGUACCCAUUGUUGAACCAGAGGUAAUUCCUGAUGGAGACCAUGACUUGGAACACUGCCAGUAUGUCACUGAGAAGGUCCUGGCUGCUGUCUACAAGGCCUUAAAUGACCAUCAUGUUUAUCUGGAGGGCACCCUGCUGAAGCCCAACAUGGUGACUGCUGGACAUGCCUGCACCAAGAAGUAUACUCCAGAGCAAGUAGCUCUGGCCACUGUCACAGCUCUCUUCCGUACUGUUCCUGCAGCUGUUCCUGGCAUCUGCUUUUUGUCUGGAGGUAUGAGUGAAGAGGAUGCUACUCUCAAUCUCAAUGCUAUCAACCUUUGCCCUCUGCCAAGGCCCUGGAAACUAAGUUUCUCUUAUGGACGAGCCCUGCAGGCCAGUGCACUGGCUGCCUGGAGUGGCAAGGCUACAAACAAGAAGGCGACUCAGGAGGCUUUUAUGAAGCGAGCUCUGGCUAACAGCCAGGCAGCCAAAGGAAAGUAUGUUUCCACCGGCUCUUCUAGUGCUGCGUCCACCCAGUCACUCUUCACAGCCUGCUAUACCUAUUAGAAUCUGAGACAGGCCAGCUGGCUCCAGCUCUUCUAGGUGUCUUGGUAGGAGGGCUGCAAGAGAACAACCCUUUUGACUGACUCUGGAAAUUAGCCAAAAUUAGAUUGGAACUAUUGGAAACACAAUACAUGUUAAAUUCUUAGACACAAGGCAAAAACAAACAAACAAACAAAAAAAACAGUUACUGAAACUUAAGUCUGAAUAUCAGGGAUCUGAGAAAAUUUCACACAAUUUUCUGGACACACUUUUUGCUCCCCAAGCCGCAGAGUAUCCAUCUAAGAAAAGAAUAAACUUCAAAACAAAAUUAUCUCUCCUUUGAGAUAACGACCACUCAAUGAAACAUCUCAGAAGCUGAGGGUAGAGGAGUGCCUCUUAUUAAACAAUCUUAGCAGUAGUAGGUUGUGAAGGAGACAGCUGCAACCAAAAAAGAAAUAAAAUAUGCUGUAAACCUUC